AUGGUUGGCCCAGUUGAUGUUCUUACAAUGCACUCUCAAACUCCCCCUCGAACUCCUUUCAAAUCUACUGAUGGACUUAGCCCUAACAAGCAGAGUUCAGUCCAGAUACGGUCAGAGUCUCCUACUGACUCGGGUGUCGGGGACGUAUUUGAUGAUGCUACCUCAACACCAAACCGCUCACCUCCCAGUAUCGUUGAACCGGACGAUUCCAAGAGCUCAAUUCAGGCCGAGAAGGAUACCAUGCCAGAGGAUCCAUUUGAUAGUCAGCACAAUCGAAUACUCUUCGAUGCCAUCGAUGCGCUGCAGUCUUUUGGGGCUGGAGAGUUGAGCAUUCCUCAGCUCAUCAUUGUUGGAGGCCAAUCUUCUGGAAAGUCGUCUCUUCUACAGAGCCUGACUGGUAUCCCAUUCCCCGUUGACAGCGGAUGUUGCACUCGAUUUCCUACUCGUAUUGUAUCUCGACGUACAGAACCAGACAGUGACGAUUCCUUUCGCAUCACAAUUGAUCCUGCUGAAGUCGACGUCCCCGGCCUCGACCCUGCUUCUGACAACAUCAAGAACUAUGAAUGUAGUGGCAAGAUCCUUACGAAAGAGAAGUUUGCCAAGGUUAUUGAAGAGCAGAUUUCGUCCGAAUUCAUGGGCCUCCGAACGGGCAUGGGGCAUGACAGAAAGAACUUUGUAGCAGAGGUUCUCAAGGUCGAGUUGUCUGGCCCGCAACGCUCCUACUUUAGCAUUCUAGAUCUUCCCGGCACAUUUCAGAACGCAUCUACCGUCAACGAGACAGACCAAGCCAAGGUUGAAGGCAUGGUCAGGGAAUACAUGAACAACGAAGACAACAUUGUAAUUUGUGUUGUUGAUGCCCCUACGGACUUCGAUCGACAGGAGAUCUUGAGACUAGCAAAGAAGCCUAUCAAACAGGACCGCUUCGUUGGUGUUUUCACGAAAUGUGACAUGGUUCAACAUGAACCCGAAGCAGCAAAGAGAAUUGUAUCAAUUGCAACCGGCAACUCUACUCACAGUCUCGGAAGCCUUCGUGAUGGCUGGUUCCUUGUUAGAAACCGAGCAGACAAGGAUCCAGACUCUUUCGAUCUUAGCACCGCAGAAAAGAAGCUAUUUGGUAGAACUCCCUGGAACUCUGUUUCUCAAAGGCGCCUGGGGUCAUCAGCGGCCAAAUCAUAUCUCGGAACUCUCUUGAGUUCAAAGAUCCGAGAAUGCUUCCCAACACUUCGCACCACAAUCCAGCACAACCUCGAAGAAAGGCUGCAAGAAAAGACCAUGCUUGGGGAGCCUCGCCUUAGCCAUGCCGCAAGACAGCAGUAUGUUGUUGGCACUGUUCGGAAAUAUGAGGAGAAGGCACAAAUUGCACUCGACCGUCCUGGAUUUCUUCAUCCUAGUAUGGAAAUCUGCAGAGAAGUCAGCCGUUUAAAUGCUGAGUUUGACAAGUUCAUGCGAACUCAUGGCGGGACUUGGCACUUUGAAGAUAUUGAUGUUGACCCUCUUGGUCUGAUUGAAGAGCGCAUGGCACUUCAAGCACAAGCCAGCGCUGAAGGUCGAACCGUUCCUCCUUAUGCUCGGAAGGCCCCCAAGGCAGCAGUCGAUGCCUCCUUGAACAAAGCAUUCCCUGGUCUAUCUGAGGUUCGAGACACGGACGAUCUCAUGAGAACAAUCAAUGAAAGAUUAUCGACAUACCAAGUGUCUCAACUUGAUGGGGUCAUCAACCCUGAUAUUUAUCCGGAUAUGUACCAAGAACAAGUCAAGAAGUGGACUGCUAUUGCAGAGUGUCAUCUCCGGCGCGUUGCUGCAACAGUCAGCAGUUGCACGGGCUCUAUACUCGAUGCUGUCUGCCCGCUCGAGGGAGAUACGGGGCUUAUGUCAAGAGAACUUAGAGCUCUACUGGCAUCGUCAUUCCGUCGAUGUGAGGCUCUAGCAUACGAUCGUUGCAAAUCCCAGUGUGAGAUGGAAACGAGAUGCACGAGGUUACAGUCUACUGGAUCUCGAUUUGGCGAUGAAAUCCUUAACUGGAGACGAUUCAGAUUCUUCGAAGCAUUCAGCAACUCUUACACAGGCCCGGACAGCAACCUUGCUCUUUGCUUCAACUCCAUUCACCCAAGUCUCCAGAAGAACAUGGUUAUCGAUGUCCAUGAUGUACUCAAGGUCUAUUAUAAGAUUUCACUGGAUGCCUUCAUUCGAAACGUCAACAUGCAUGUCAUACAGUCAUUCGUCACUGCUGAAGAUGGUCCAGUUUGGGGUCUGAAUACGAACCGAAUUCUGGGUCUUUCGGAGGAAGAGAUGAGGGUUGUUGGUGGAGAGAAUGAGAAUACUGCUAGGAGACGAAAGGAGCUUGAACAUGAUAUUGAGAAGCUGCGUGGUGCUCUGGCUAUUGUUGAUAGGGCGACGCGACAGACAGCGAAUUUGGAGAGGGAUUGA